CUUUAUGUAUAUAUGAUAAGGUGAUACGAUUUACAUUUUAGUCAUUAAACAAAAUGAUGACAAACUAAUCCGUUCUUUUAAAUGGAAAAGUAUUGAUAAAAAUUAACAUUACAAAUAAUUCAAUCACAUAUUUAAUACACUUAACACGCACUAUACAUUGGAUACUGUUUACCGGAGAAUGCCGAAGAAGUGUGAAUUUAUAUAUCAAUAUUAGCAGAGGCCUUAAGUACAACACUGUGAUGAAAACAUUACAAGAAUAAAAUGACAAAAAUAAGACAAUGAAAUAAAAAGUAUAAGGGACAGAUAUGUUAAAAUUACAAAGGCGGAAGAAGUGGAAGCUUCUGUUUGUUCUUACCAUUUGUCUAUUUACUAGUAUUGUGUACGUGAUUUUCGUGCUCGGAGAAAAAGAAAUCAUCAUAGGAAAUGGCGAAAAUGUUGAUAUCUCGGACAUUAAACCAUUUGAGCCAUUUCUUGAUGAAGACUUUCCCAAAAUGUUGGACACAAAUCCGAGGAUACCUAAAAUAAUUCAUCAGACAUGGAAGGAUAGCUUUGUACCAACAGCAUUUCAUGAGAAUGUUAGAUCGUUUAUUGACAAAAAUCCAAACUUUAAAUACUACUUCUGGACUGAUGCAUCAGCAAGACAAUUGAUUGCAGAUAGACACCCGGAACUGUUGGAAACGUUUGAUAACUAUGUCGAACCUGUGAGAAAGGCUGACAUGCUCAGGUACGUUGUUCUGUACGAGUUUGGUGGAAUCUACGCUGACCUGGACACCGAGUGUCUUCGACCUUUAGAUCGUGUUCUCAACAAGUUUUCCUGUGUUAUAUCACCAGAGCCAUAUGAGCAUGCAUCGUUGAUUUAUAAUACGAGAUUCAUGGUGACCAAUUCAAUCAUGUUUUGCGGGAAAAAACAUCCAUUUUUAUACAGGCUAAUGUACAAUUUACCAAGUUUCAGUCACUUCAGCCAGGAUAUUGACGCAAGCGGUCCUAACUAUGUUACACUUCAGCUGAGCAUUUACAAGACUGAUCUGACCAAGACAGGAAAUAAGUUGACAGAGUUGCACGAUAAUUUCGUGUAUGUUCCUUCCAGUCAGUACUUCCAGAACGAGAUAGAUCCUGUACGUUUUGAACAGUUUAGGAAAAUGUGUCGCAAUUUCAAAUCACUCAACAUAAUUGCGAGAACUGGAUGCGUCUCAUUGAAAAGGAGAGGCAUGAUUCAUAGGACGCCAAAUAAAUAUACGUUUACUAGACACUCUUUCUACCACACUGGAUAUAAGUGGAUAUCUUCGAGUGCAGUUAAAAUCACUGAUUUAGUUCCACAUGCUGUAAUUUAUCAAACAGUCUAAGGUAUCGAAUUACUCUUCAGAUACUUCUAUACUCUUUUUGUAUGUAAAUACAGUUAAAGGUCCAUUACUAAGGGAAAGUGAGUUGGCAAUUUUUUUCAUAGCCAGUGCAUAGACUUCUGCAAGACACUAAAUAAUGAAGAUUGGCAGGUCAAAAUUUACAGAAGGUCUUUGGAACUCAAAGAAAUGUAUGUGUAUUAUGUUGAAAUUUCAAUGAAUCGACAGAAUGACCCCCAGGUCUUUUUAACUUUCUUCAUACUUCAUAGAAAAAUAAUUGUACAUAUACUGCGAUUUAUUUCGAAUUUCUACAUACCAACUUUCAUUUUCCAAUAAAAUGAAAUAGUUUCUGUGCUUUUUAAAAGAAAUUAAAAUGUUCACUUUCCUUAGUAUUGGACCUUUAAAACUCAGUAUCUCGAACACGCUUAUGUCAAAAUUCGGUUGUCCCGAAAAACACGAGCACAAAACAUCAUUUUAAGUC